AUGUAUCUCCUCUUACUUCAGCUGCUUAUGCUGUUGCCUCUGGGGAAGGCAGGCCGAUGUGUGGACAGCUGCCAGAGUCAGAGCUCUUUUUCCUUUGUGCUCCUAGAAAGGGGUCGCAGAGAUCUCCACAUGGCCAACCAUGAGGAAGCAGAAGACAAGCCAGAUCUGUUUGUGGCGGUGCCACACCUCAUAGGCGCCAGCCAGGCUGGGGAAGGCCAGAGGCAGAGAGAGAAGAUGCUGUCCAGGCUUGGAAGACUCUGGAAGAAACCUGAGACAGAACUUCACCCCAUAAAGGAUGUGGAAAGUGAUCAUGUCUCACUGGGGAUCCAGGCCCUCACUCAGUCAGCAGAUGAGAGGAAAGUGGAGAGAUCACCUCUUCAGGAGGAAGCCAAGAAAUUCUGGCAUCGCUUCAUGUUCAGAAAAGGCCCAGCCUCCAGGGGGGUCAUCUUGCCCAUCAAAAGCCAUGAAGUACAUUGGGAGACCUGCAGGACAGUGCCCUUCAACCAGACAGUUGCCCACGAAGACUGUGAAAAAGUUGUUGUCCCGAACAACCUCUGCUUUGGGAAAUGCGGGUCCAUUCAUUUUCCUGGAGCCGAGACACAUCCCUACAACUUCUGCUCCCACUGCUCACCCACCAAACUCACCACCAUGCACUUGAGGCUGAACUGCACUAGCCCAAGCCCCGUGGUCAAGGUGGUGACACAAGUGGAGGAGUGCCAGUGUGUGACAAAGACAGAACAUGGAGAGGAGCACUUCCUAGCAGCUGGUUCCCACGAGUCCUUCAUCCCUGGGCUUUCUGCUUCCAAAGCCAUCCCACGAUUACCUCUGAAAGCAAAGCCUUUGCAGAACAAGUGA